GAAUCGAUUCGCCACCAGGUGCGUUCGUUAAUCUCGAUUAAAAGUCGCGUUCCCAUCACGUCUUGUUUUUCCCAUACGUUUCAAUGUCUGAAAAUAUCGGAACACGUAUUAAAAGCGAUUUUCUAGAGAAACGGGAAGCGGAACCGCCAAAAAUCAACGCGUAUACGCGGCAAUUGCACCUGUGAUUCUCUCAAAUUGGAAGGAGCAAUAAACUCUACACGAGGCGAGCGAUAUAUUCCCCUAUCUAUCUGAUGAAAUCACUUCGAAAUUGGCGGGAUAAGGAACGUACAUACACGUACGAACAUAUACACGUAUAUUAGGAACGAACGAAGGAAGAGGCGCCCGUACACAUGGAGAAACGGAUCCAGUAGUUGAGAACUGUUCGAGAACGAUUUUGCGAAUCAAUUAUUGAUCUACGAUCUACAAUCUAUUUACAAUAAGAUCUCCCACCACCAUCGCCGGUCGAGAUAGCGCACGUGCGUAUGCCCGGACAUCGGCACAUCGCAUCCAUGCAUAUGAGCGGUCGAAGUGCCGACAAACGAACUAAAGCUUCUUUUAUCAGUCGGCCACGACCGUGUGAGGCAAACAGUUGAGUACCGCGCGGCGGUGGUGCGUUUCACGGGUGCGAGAACAGGCAACACGCUUCUUUUUUCCUCCCGUUUCCCGUUUUACCGCGGCCUUUGUUGCGUAUUCCCUUCCUUCGAGCAACGCUAGUUUCCUCACAACGCUGGAUCGAUCAUUGAUCACGAUCCUCCGUCACCGCGUCACGACGAAACCAACUUUCCGUUUCGGCUCACGUACAACCGAUCGAGAAGAGUCCCGUACGAAAUUGCACGCGACUUCGAGAACGAGAUCGGGCAACGACAACAGAGCAGAAGUGGCAGGGUUAAUCGAAUAUCAAGGAACAAUAAACGCUUUACGAGGAAAUAUCGACACGCUGGCGCAAAUUCUUCAAUAUAUCGUUACUACAUCAAGGCUGACCGAGAUAGGUAGGUCCGACGUGAAAGUAUCUCAAGUCGAUCCCGGACUUUGCCAAUUUCGUAGAGGAUACUACAAGAUCGUCCGCCAACACCGAACCCGAUAUGGUCGUUUCUCCGGUCUCGUCGACUGAACCGGCGCUGUACAACGUGACUGAUAUAAAAUUAAACGACUGCGCGGAUCACAAUGAGCAUCUAGCAAACAAACUUAAUAACAGGGGAGUUAAGGAUCACGCGUUCACCAUACAGCGAGACAAUAUGUCGAACGGAAAGGAUAAUUAUGCCUUAGAUUUCGACUGCAUAGAGAAGGCGAUCGAUAACAAAUUAAAUUCAUCCGCCGACAUCAAAGCGGAGCCCGAUAUCGUGAAGAAAGUGGCAGCCGGCCUGAAAAGUCCUAAUGGCCAAAAGAACAAAACGGACAUGUCACUGCCCAAUCUCGGUGGUGGAACACUUUCAAGCGGAUGUUCGAUAGUGACGAUCUCUUCCGUCGCAAAUUCAGAUCCCGAUCCUGAGUUCCAUAAUAACACGGAUGGGUUUGGUAACAGCGCAUACAGACACGAAAGAUGGUAUCAGACCACCCUUCAAGUCGCUGUGCCUUUCUUUAUCGCCGGGAUAGGCACAAUCGGUGCUGGUCUCGUACUCGAGAAUGUCAAGGACUGGCCAGUAUUUCGCACCGUUUCCCAAUUAAUCAUUCUUGUCCCUUCGCUGUUGGGUCUGAAAGGGAAUCUCGACAUGUGCCUGGCAUCGCGUUUGUGCACCCAAGCCAAUCUGGGGAAUAUGCACGAGUUCCGAGAGAUCGUGAAAAUGAUAAUCGGUAACAUCGCGUUGGUUCAGAUACAGGCGAUUGUCGCGGCCAUUUUGGUAUCAAUUUUCGCGAUUAUUUCCGCGAUAGCAGAAAGUAGCGAGUACAGUUUCGAAUGGAAUCAUUGCCUGUUAUUGGCCGCCUCCAGUGUAUCCACAGCCACGAGUUCUUGUUUUAUUCUAGAUUUUGUGAUGAUUGUCGUCAUCAUAAUCUCAUACCGAUGUAAAAUGAAUCCUGAUAAUUUAGCCACACCUUUGGCUGCCUCCUUCGGAGACGUCGUAUCAAUCAGCAUGCUAUCCACAAUCGCAUCGGCGUUAUUCGAGAGAAUGACUGGUUCCAUACCAUGGAUUUUGUACAUUAUACUCGGCUGUUACUUGCUAAUUUUGCCAUUUUGGAUUUAUGUAGUGCUCAAGAAUAAAUAUACUAGAAACGUUUUAGCAUCUGGAUGGAUUCCAGUUUUAUCGGCAUUAUUCAUCAGCGGAUGUGGAGGUUUGGUUCUCAGUGGUGUCGUUGACCAUUUCACAGGAUUCGCCAUAUUUAAUCCGAUAAUAAACGGAAUUGGUGGUAAUUUAGUAUCUGUGCAAGCAUCUAGAAUCUCAACUACAUUGCACCAAACAACGAUCAUGGGAAUUUUACCGCCACAUUCAAAAAUAUUCAUUGCCCCGUGGAAGGCGCUCUUUACAGGCACGCUGUACGCGAAAACAGCCAGAAUACUCAUUUGUAUGGCGAUUUUCGGUGAAUUAAUCUUCAUUUUCGCCGCUGAUUACAUCCAAUGGGGAAAAUCCACUUUGCACAUAUACUUCGUAAUGUCUUAUAUUGUUAUGGCUGUUCUUCAAGUCAUGUUGUUGCUUUACGUGGCGCAUAUUAUUAUUCACGCUAUGUGGCGAUUCAAGAUAGACCCGGAUAAUUCCGCCAUACCGUAUCUGACAGCUUUGGGCGAUCUUUCGGGAACGAUAUUUUUGGCAGCGGCGUUUUGGUUUCUCGAAAUGAUACAUCGCGAUUACACAGGCAAAUAGGGAUUAACCGAUGUAUAGAGAGAUCGAAACAUAACGAGAAUUUUGUAUAUGAAUUUUUCCUUCGAAUGUGUGUGAUGCAUUAAUUUGAAGGAUGUUAAAUCGUGUCGAAAGAUGUUCGAAAAACGAGACAAGAGAAAACGAAGAUUAAUUAAGAGAGCGAGUGUUACGUGGAAACGAGUACAGUGCGUUAUUGCGGAACGAUCCGAGAGGGACAAAAGAGCACGGAAUUAUUUUUCUCUAUUAAGGGACCAUCUUAAUGAUACGUUAGCCGCGUUAAUUAGUCGCGCACAUUGAACGUAGUGGAUUAGAACAAAAAAAAUAUGUCGCUCUUCUUGAAAUAGAACAUUACAUUAAUAGAAAGAAAAAGUACAAUGACACCGAUUCUAAUAUAACUAGAUCAAGCUUCGUCAUGGUGUAAUUUAUUAUGAUCUAAUGAUCGUACAGUCUCUAUUACAUCAUAGUAAAACAAAAAAAAGAAAAGGAAAAAAAAAAAAAGAAAAAAAGAGAAUGAACAUUGCAAGAUAAACAUAUUAACUGACGAUUAUUUAGAGUUAUAAGAUUAAUAUAAAUUUUUAUAAGAUUUUAAUUGUGCUUAAUCGAAGAAACAAACUUUAAAAUAUUUUAAAUAUAGUAAUAUAUGAUUGCAUCUAUGAAUGCACGUAAGUAUUUUCAACGUAAUCGUAAUAAGCAAAAGACCUAGUCAGUAUUUUAACACUGAUUUAUAAUUGCGUUGUAAGAUCAUAAUAUUAGAAAAAAUUAAUUUGUACUAUGGUACAUAUUUUUUUUAAAGUAGAAAUUAUAUUUGCAAUUUGCAGAAAUUUAAAAUAAAAUGCUUUGUAAUAAUAGAUAAAAUUAAUUUUAAAAUACUUUAUUAAUAUUAGAAAUUUAAAAAUAACUUCUUGUCAUAAUAGAACAACAAAAAAUAAUAGGCUUUAAAUAUUUUAUAUAUUGGAACAAAAUAUUUCUUUUCCUUCAAUUAUUAGUUACAAUUUUAAAAUUAAAAAGUAUUUCUAAUUAAACAAUCAAUUUGAGAUUAUCAAAAUGAUGUAUUUAUAUAUUUUACAAAAACAUAUAUAAUGAUUGAUUUUGUAAUAACAUAUAUAAUUUAUAUAAUUUAGCAUAACUUACCGAAAACAAUUUAAACAAAGUAUACAUGUUCAGUAAAUGAUAAUGAUAAUUGAACAAUGUACUAUGUUUUUAGUUCCUUAAAUAGUAUUAUAUAAUAGUAAUAUACAAAUCUUAAUGAAGAACUUUGCAUAGCGACCUGUGAUUUAAAAUGAUAGCUCUUAUAGACAAAAUAUGUAAAGAAUUUUAUUCUUUCAAAUAAAACUUUAUAUUUCUAAA